AUGAACUUGUUGUGGGCGGGAUAUGUUUUUGGGAAAAUGAUUACACACGAGGUCGAGAGGGUCUUGGAAAGGCCAAGCGAAAUGGAGCCAUUAAAGACCAUCUCCAAUGGAAUGUCGAGUUUACACCUUUACUUGCAAGAGACCGAGGGAGACGUGUAUGAACCGGCUUUUUCCCAGCUUGUGCAAAGGCUCAAGAACAUCCCGGAUUUUGUUAUGGAGCAGGGAGACAAGAUCUAUCGCAUUGUUCCUUUUGAAUCGAUUGAGAUAGAUUCUCCUGGAGGAAAGAAAAAUCAUGGGAAGUUCCAUGAGAUAGCAAGCAUGGGAAACGAGGUGGUCAUGACAUACACAAGCAGUGGACGUGAUGGCGAAGAGGGCAUGUAUACAACCAUAACAGUUAUCUUUACAUCCUCUGAUGGAGAAGAGAAAAUAGAGAAGAUUUACAGUGGAUGGUCGGAGUCCUGUCUUCUAAGGGUUUCGACACCAAAGCUCAAGGUUAAGCACAGGAAAAGAAUUCUGUCCAUGUAUCUUGAGGAUUUGGAGAGUAAGGAUCCAAAGGAGGAGGCCAUUGGACACUGGAUUGAGGGGGUUAAUUCCGAAGGAAAAGGAUUUAACAACGACGCCAUUCUUAAAGAGGAGAUGAUGAUAUUCGAAGAGGCAGGAAGAAAGGACAGUGGGGACUCUGUUAAAAAAGCAGACUAG